AUGGAGACGCCGCAACUGAGAUCUCUCUCCGUUUCAGAGUUAGAUGUGCGAAGCAUUUUCACUUCUGGACUCCUCACUGUGCUCUUCAUCUAUGCGGUUGCCAUCUGCAGAGCCUACUGGCUCGCCAUGUCACUGUCACCUCUCAACGCCGUCCAGGGGCCCCCAACUCAGCACUGGUUUUUUGGGUUUCUAAGCUCUAAAGAGGCUCAGGCAUUUCAAAUGUCGCCGCUUCUACUAGAAUACUGCGCCAAGUUUGACGGCGUAUGGGCUUCGCUCUUCACAAACCGCAGACCCAGCCUAGUCCUUGGAGAUCUCGCCGGCAUCCACCAUGUGCUGAAUGAUUCGCAUACGUACGCCCGCUCCCAGGUACAAAUGCGAACCACACGACUCAUAUUCGGGGAUGGCUUGGUUGCGGUGGACGGAGACCAGCACAAGCGCCAGAGGCGAGCCAUCGGGCCCGGGUUCAGCAGCACAGCCAUCGAUAGUAUGCUGCCCGUUUUUGCGGCGCUUACGGAGAAGCUAGCAAAGAGGUGGUACCGGGCCCUUGGCUCUCCCUCGUUAGAAGCCAAAUCGGCUGCAAAUGAAACGCGGCGCGCCAUCGAAGUCAACGCGUACGGAGACUUUGAGAAUCUCUUCAUGGAUAUGAUCGGCGAAAGCGGCUUCCAGUAUAGGUUCGGGUCACUGGAAGGACAUAGAUCAGAGCUUGAAGCUGCCUUUGUGGAGGUGGCACAAGCCGCUACCACUGGAUCGCUCUACUCUCUUCUGAGGUCGCAGCUCCCCUUGGUAGAGACGUUUGGGCAUUGGUUCGUCCGGGAACAGAUGCAUCUCGACCAACUCAAGCAGAACAUUCGUACCAUCAGUCUGCGACUGGUUGAAAACGCCAAGGCGCACUUUCAAUACACUGGUGCGGAUGAGAAGGUUUCCGGAAGAAGGGACAUUCUCGGCCUGCUUGUGCAGUCUAAUCUCGCCGCGGACGCCAAGCACCGCCUCGAGGACGAUGAGAUUGUAUCAAUCAUCCCGACACUGCUUUCAGGGGGCUAUGAUAAUAAUGCGUCUGCCAUGUCGUAUGCCGUCAUGGCCAUGGCCCAGACACCGUCCACCCAGAAGCGCCUUCGUGAGGAAUUGCUCGCGCCGCCAUCGGGCUGUGAAGACUGGAAGAGCAGCUCGAAGGCGCUGGAGAAGCUGCCGUACCUAGACGCCAUGUGUCGAGAAACCCUGCGGCUCUACAGCCCGGCGCACUCCAUCCCCAGGACGUGCACCAAGGACGACGUCAUUCCUCUCAGCAAGCCCAUCAGGCUGCGUGACGGGAGCCUGACCAGCGAGAUCCGCAUCGGCCGCGGCGACGAUGUUAUCAUUCCGCAGAAGUGGAUGAACGUAGAUCCUGCGUUAUGGGGCACUGAUGCGAACAUGUUCAGGCCAGAACGCUGGCUCCAGGAUCCAAACCACAGGUACUACACCGGCGGACUGAACCCGGUGAUCUCAGGCCACAAGCACUCUGGCUGGAGCAGUUUGAUGACGUUUUCAAUUGGCCCGAGAAACUGCAUUGGAUAUAGGAUGGCCAUUUCUGAAAUCAAAGUUAGCUUGGCCUUGUUGGUCGCGAAAUUCGAGUUUCUCCAACAUGAUGGGAUGAAGGAUGUUUAUGGACAGGUCCAAAUCGUAGACAGGCCGCGGGUUAAGGGCGUGAAGGGGUACUGCAUGCCAUGCUGGGUCAGGGCCAUCGAGGAAUAG